CGGAAAACGAGUCGACGAACGGCGGAGAUGCUCCAUCAUCUUUGGCGAUCCAGCGCCUGAGAUCCGAGCUUCCUCUCUCACCAGCCCUCCUUGACUUUGAUUGAUCCAGUUGGACUGCAAACAAAGGACGUGCCUUCGCGGCAAGCGUUGAAUCAUCUGCGUCCACUUGGCCUUUGGUCUGGCGGGGCGCAGCACGUAUCCCUCGUCCAGCCGCAACGAAGUUAAGGCUGACCGAAGCCCACCCUGGGUCAAGCUGGAGAAGCACUUCGCGAGAAGAUACAGCGCCUCUGGACUUUCUGCAGUAUAUCUCUCCUGAUCCCAAGCCACCUGUGCAAACGGCCAUCGCGCCUUCUGCUCUUGCUGCUGCGAUUGCAUCAAUCUCUCUGCGCCCUCGUCGAGACCGGGCGAGACUGCAAACAGCUAAUUGAGUGUCACCACACUUCACGCUAUCAAUUUCUUCCACGCCGCUCUAGUUUCCUUGCGGUGACGGGCGACACGGUAUUGCUUUUGCUGCGCAUAGCUGCGACAAUAACACCGUCCUUCGAGCCUUUGAAACCCCACAUAAGACUCCAUAGCCGGCUGCCUCUCGCACGUUUCUCACAACAUGAGCUUGACGAACAUGAUAAACAGGCUGCACGGCCAGCCGGAGAGCUACGAAAAGAAGGCGAAGUACACAUUCGGCAGGACGCUAGGUGCAGGCACAUAUGGCAUUGUUCGAGAGGCAGAUGGUCCCAACGGCAAAUGUGCGGUCAAGAUUAUCCUCAAGAAGAACGUGAGGGGCAAUGAACAGAUGGUCUACGAUGAAAUGGAGAUGUUGCAGAAAAUGAAACACAAACACAUUGUCAGAUUUGAGGAGUGGUUCGAGUCGAAAGACAAGUGGUACAUCGUCACCGAGCUAGCUACGGGUGGCGAGUUGUUUGACCGCAUUUGCGAGAAGGGCAAAUUUACGGAGAAGGACGCUGCAGAGACGAUUCGGCAGGUGCUCGAUGCAGUAGACUACUUGCAUAAAAACAACGUCGUACACAGAGAUCUGAAGCCUGAAAAUCUGCUGUACCUCACUCGAGAACCAGAUUCGGACCUGGUUCUCGCUGAUUUUGGCAUCGCGAAGAUGCUCAAUGACAAGGACGUCUUGACUAGCAUGGCAGGGUCCUUUGGAUACGCCGCCCCAGAAGUCAUGGAGAAGAAAGGUCACGGCAAGCCAGUUGACCUGUGGUCGCUUGGUGUUAUCACGUACACGCUUCUGUGUGGCUACUCGCCUUUUAGAAGUGAGACUAUGAACGACCUCAUCGAGGAGUGCCGAAAUGAGAAGGUCGUUUUCCAUCCUCGGUACUGGAACGGCGUUAGCGAAGAUGCGAAGAAUUUCAUCCGCUCAUUGCUGAAGGCUGAUCCUAAGGAGCGGCUUACAAGCGAGGAAGCGCUCAAACACGUAUGGCUCACGGGCAAGACUGCUUCCGACCACGAUUUGCUCCCAGAAAUCAGAUCUUACGUCAGCAAAGCUCGUCUCAGGCGCGGCAUCGAGAUGAUCAAGCUCGCCAACCGCAUAGAAGCUCUGAAGCGGCAAGAAGACGAGGGCGAAAAUGGACCCGGCGAUGCAGACGUCCCAGCCAGCGCGCUCGAAGCCACAGGUGAGGCGCUCGCGGCGAAAAACUUCUCCGGAACAGUACCCUCGACCGAGCAAAAGACUGGUGCUCACACGACUCCGAGGCUGAGCCGUCUCGCGCGAGGUGCAAUCUUCCGUGAAGUCGUGCUCGCUAAGGUUAGGGAGGAAAAGGAAGCCGCGAAGCAGCGCGCUAUGGAAGCCGACCCAGCAUACGCCAAGGAAAUGCUUGGGAAAAAGUAGAAAUGUGGACCAAUACGCCCAUUCUUUCCUUUCCGAAUAGGCUGACAUGUUUCUACAGACAUUGAGCAUGUCUGGCGAGACGUUCUCGCGGCUAUUGAAGGGCUUUUGCAUGGAUUCAGUGGGCAUCGUAAGGCUAACCGCGAGCGAACUUUCGUGCGUAGCGAAAUAUAUAUCCUUCUCGUUGAUUCCUCCAAGCAAAGGUAGUUUUGGACCCUGUAGAGCUUAUCGGUAACAAAUUCUCGACCUGAUGACUCUUUCAAUUUUUAUCGUGCACACGUAUGCGUUUUGGAGAGUUGAGCCUGGGGAAGCCACAUCGGGAAUGUAAAGCAUGCAGUGAUUUGGCACUGAGGCAUGGUUACCUUACCCAGCCUUACCCAAAACCCGCAGCAAAACAGACACAUGA